GGCCCCAUGGUUAUGAAUGUGCUUCAAUUCCAUAAUGCCUCCUGCUAUGGCAGACAUUCUUGACAUCUGGGCUGUAGAUUCGCAGAUAGCGUCUGAUGGCUCCAUACCUGUGGAUUUUCUUUUGCCCACUGGGAUCUAUAUCCAGUUGGAGGUACCUCGGGAAGCUACCAUUUCUCAUAUUAAGCAGAUGUUAUGGAAGCAAGUUCACAAUUACCCACUGUUUAACCUCCUUAUGGAAAUUGACUCCUAUAUGUUUGCAUGUGUGAAUCAAACUGCUGUAUAUGAGGAGCUUGAAGACGAAACAAGAAGACUCUGUGAUGUCAAGCCUUUUCUUCCCGUUCUCAAAUUAGUGACAAGAAGUUGUGACCCAGGAGAAAAAUUAGACUCAAAAAUUGGAGUCCUUAUAGGAAAAGGUCUGCAUGAAUUCGAUGCUUUGAAAGAUCCUGAAGUGAACGAAUUCAGAAGAAAAAUGCGCAAAUUCAGCGAGGAGAAGAUUGAGUCGCUUAUAGGCUUGUCGUGGAUGGACUGGCUGAAGCACACGUACCCCCCAGAGCAUGAACCGUCCCUGCUGGAGAAUCUGGAGGAUAAACUGUACGGAGGAAAGCUCAUUGUGGCUGUUCAUUUUGAAAACUGCCAGGAUGUGUUUAGUUUUCAAGUAUCUCCCAAUAUGAGCCCUAUAAAAAUCAAUGAAUUGGCAAUCCAGAAGCGCCUGACUAUUCGCGGGAAAGAAGAUGAAGUUAAUCCCUAUGACUACGUAUUGCAGAUCAGUGGGAGAGUAGAGUAUGUAUUUGGUGAUCAUCCACUAAUCCAGUUCCAGUAUGUCCAGAACUGUGUCAUGAACAGGACCCUGCCCCAUUUUACACUCGUGGAAUGCUGCAAGAUAAAGAAGAUGUAUGAGCAGGAAAUGAUUGCCAUAGAAGCUGCCAUAAAUCGAAACUCUUCCAACCUCCCUCUUCCGUUACCACCAAAGAAAACAAGGAUCAUUUCUCAUGUUUGGGAAAAUAACCACCCUUUCCAAAUUGUCUUGGUUAAGGGAAGUAAGCUUAACACAGAAGAAACUGUAAAAGUCCACGUCAGGGCCGGCGUCUUUCAUGGUACUGAGCUCCUGUGUAAAACCAUCGUAAGCUCAGAAAUAUCUGGAAAAAAUGAUCACAUUUGGAAUGAACCACUGGAAUUCGAUAUUAAUACUUGUGACCUGCCAAGAAUGGCUCGCUUAUGUUUUGCUAUCUAUGCAGUUUUGGAUAAAGUAAAAACGAAGAAAUCAACUAAAACAAUUAAUCCCUCUAAAUAUCAAACCAUCAGGAAAGCUGGAAAAGUGCAUUAUCCUGUAGCCUGGGUAAAUACAAUGAUCUUUGACUUCAAAGGUCAGUUGAGAUCUGGGGACAUAAUAUUGCACAGCUGGUCUUCAUUUCCAGAUGAACUUGAAGAAAUGUUGAAUCCAAUGGGAACCGUUCAGACAAAUCCGUACACUGAAAAUGCAACAGCUUUACACAUUCAGUUUCCAGAGAACAAAAAGCAACCUUAUUACUACCCUCCUUUCGAUAAGAUCAUUGAAAAGGCAGCCGAGAUUGCAAGCAGUGAUAAUGCGAAUGUUUCGAGUCGAGGUGGGAAAAAGUUCCUCGCUGUGUUGAAAGAAAUCUUGGAUAGGGAUCCAUUAUCUCAACUGUGUGAGAACGAGAUGGAUCUCAUUUGGACUUUGCGACAAGACUGCAGAGAGAAUUUCCCACAGUCACUGCCCAAAUUACUGCUGUCCAUCAAAUGGAAUAAACUCGAGGACGUUGCCCAGCUUCAGGCACUUCUGCAGAUUUGGCCUAAACUGCCCCCUCGGGAGGCCUUGGAGCUUCUGGAUUUCAACUACCCGGACCAGUACGUGCGGGAAUACGCUGUGGGUUGCCUGCGACAGAUGAGUGAUGAAGAACUCUUGCAGUAUCUGUUACAACUGGUGCAAGUGUUAAAAUACGAGCCUUUCCUCGAUUGUGCUCUCUCUCGGUUCCUAUUGGAAAGAGCACUUGCUAAUCGGAGAAUAGGGCAGUUUCUGUUCUGGCAUCUAAGGUCAGAAAUACACAUUCCUGCUGUCUCAGUACAAUUUGGUGUCAUUCUUGAAGCAUAUUGUCGUGGAAGUGUAGGCCACAUGAAGGUGCUUUCCAAACAGAUUGAAGCACUUAAUAAGUUAAAAACGUUAAACAGUUUAAUCAAACUGAAUGCAAUGAAGCUAAACAGAGUCAAAGGCAAGGAGGCCAUGCACACCUGUUUGAAGCAGAGUGCUUACCGGGAAGCCCUGUCCGACCUGCAGUCCCCUCUGAACCCGUGUGUCAUCCUUUCGGAACUCUACGUUGAAAAGUGCAAAUACAUGGAUUCCAAGAUGAAGCCUUUGUGGCUGGUUUACAACAACAAGGUGUUUGGUGAAGAUUCAGUGGGAAUAAUUUUUAAAAAUGGGGAUGAUUUGCGGCAGGAUAUGUUAACACUUCAGAUGCUGCGCUUGAUGGAUUUACUCUGGAAAGAAGCUGGUCUGGAUCUACGGAUGCUGCCCUACGGCUGCCUCGCCACGGGAGACCGCUCAGGCCUCAUUGAAGUCGUGAGCACCUCAGAGACGAUCGCUGACAUUCAGCUCAACAGCAGCAACGUGGCGGCCGCCGCAGCCUUCAACAAGGACGCCCUUCUGAACUGGCUUAAGGAAUACAAUUCUGGAGAUGACCUGGACCGAGCCAUUGAGGAGUUUACCUUGUCCUGUGCUGGCUACUGUGUAGCUUCUUAUGUCCUUGGGAUUGGUGACAGGCAUAGUGACAACAUCAUGGUCAAGAAAACUGGCCAGCUCUUCCACAUAGACUUUGGACAUAUUCUUGGAAACUUCAAGUCUAAGUUUGGCAUUAAAAGAGAGCGAGUACCUUUUAUCCUCACCUAUGAUUUUAUUCAUGUCAUUCAACAAGGAAAAACAGGAAACACGGAGAAGUUUGGCCGGUUCCGCCAGUGCUGUGAGGACGCAUACCUGGUCUUACGGAGGCACGGAAACCUCUUCAUCACUCUGUUUGCACUGAUGUUGACGGCUGGGCUGCCAGAGCUCACGUCGGUCAAGGACAUACAGUAUCUCAAGGAUUCUCUUGCCUUAGGGAAGAGUGAAGAAGAAGCACUCAAACAAUUCAAACAAAAAUUUGACGAGGCUCUCAGGGAAAGCUGGACCACUAAGGUGAACUGGAUGGCCCACACGGUGCGGAAGGACUACCGCUCCUAACCGGUCCUAACCGCCGGCCUCCGCUCCUCAUGCAGGUGUUGGUUCCCUGUCAUUUUCACUUUGCACUUGCACUAAAAUGAACUUGACCCUGCGGGAGAUGAUAUAAAGGGAAUGAAAUCCUGGAAUUCACGCAAACAAGGACCAAGCGUUCCACAGACUCUACCCUGAACCAUCCCUGAUGGCCACCCUCUCUGCUUCUGAAUGCUUGACCGACACUCCUGAGAACUCGCAGCAUCGUGGAUGAUCUCGUCCUGCUGACUUUGCACGCCAGGGAAUGCUCCUGCAGACCUCCUGAUUUGUUCUGUUUUCUUACUUUCUUUUC